UAAGCACUUAUCUGAUCUGACCAUUUGGGAUUUAUCUGUGACAAAACUUAAACCCCUCAACUAAACCCCUGCAGAUGCUACGCCACCUCCUAACCAUGGUCCGCCACCGUUCAACCACCGCACUCUACAACCACCACUACCGCCACUUAUAUCGCUCAGCCUCCUACAAACACCCCAAGACCCCAACCCCGCCGUCCCCACCGAAGCCUCCGAAAGCCCCUCAAAAACCCCAAACCUUCACUUUCCAUGAUGUCACUUGGGAAGAUCCUUACUCCUGGAUGUCUUCUCUCCAAGACAAAGUCGCCAUGCGCCACAUGGACAUGUAUAUGGAACAAGAAGAAAAGUACACUGAGGCUGUCAUGUCAGAUACUGAACGUCUCCAAACUAAGCUCCAAUCUGAGAUGGCUUCUCGCUUGGACUUUGACCUCUCUACCCCUCCACUCCGUUGGGGUCCCUGGCUGUAUUAUAGAAGGGUGGAGGAGGGGAAGCAGUAUCCAGUGCUAUGUAGGAGAUUGGCGAGCUUGAAUGAUGAGUUCAUUUCGCAUAAGUCUCCCAGUGCUGGAUUUGAUUUUACAUCUGGGAAGAGGAUUGAGCAGAAGCUGCUUGAUUACAAUCAAGAAGCUGAGAGAUUUGGAGGUUAUGCUUAUGAAGAAUUAUCAGAGAUAUCACCGGAUCAUAAGUUUCUCGCAUACACCAUGUAUGAUAAGGACAAUGACUACUUCAAGUUAUCUGUGAGGAAUUUGAAUUCUGGUGCAUUAUGCAGCAAGCCUAAUGCAAAUCGUGUUUCAAAUUUGGCAUGGAUCAAGGAUGGGCAGGCAUUGCUCUAUGUCAUUACUGAUGAAAAUAGGAGGCCACAUAGGAUAUACUGUAGCAUGAUUGGAUCAACUGAAGAAGAUGUUUUGCUGCUGGAAGAACAAGAUGAAACUGUGUAUGUAAACAUAAGGCACACAAAGGAUUUCCAUUUUGUCACUGUUAAUACCUUUUCUCCUACAUCUUCAAAGGUCUUUCUGAUAAAUGCAGCUGACCCAUUUUCUGGCAUGACAUUAGUUUGGGAGAGUGAAGGUAUUGUCCACUGCAUUCUUGAGCAUCAUCAGGGAUACCUCUAUUUAUUCACAGAUGCAGCCAAGGAUGGACACGUAGUUGAUAGUCAUUAUCUUCUUUGCAGCCCUGUUGAUUGUCCAUCCAAUCCUAGAAUUUGGGAGAGUGUAUUCAUUGAUGAUCAAGACUUAAUCAUAGAGGAUGUUGAUUUCAGCAACUCACGCCUGGUACUUAUUACUAGGGAAGGUCGAAAUUUUGGAAUCUGCUCUGUUGCUUUACCGUUGCUAGGCAGGAAGCAAGCAGUUUAUCUGAGAGAGCUUAACCCUCAUUUCCUUCCUCUUCCCAAGAAUGUUUGUAAAAUUUCUCCUGGGCCAAACUAUGACUUCUACUCCACAACUAUGCGAUUCACAAUAUCAUCACCUGUGAUGCCUGAUGCUGUGGUUGAUUAUGAUCUAUCAAAUGGCAAGUGGAAUAUCGUUCAACAGCAAAAUAUACUUCAUGAAAGAACUCGGAUUUUGUAUGGUACAGCCUUAUCUUCAGCCAUUGCUGAGAAAUCAACAAAUGUGAAGAAUUCUUCCACGAAUGAUGUCAAAUCUGAAGAUGAUAACCUGUGGAAUGACCUCUCUGAAUUUUAUGCUUGUGAACAUUAUGACGUCUCUUCUUAUGAUGGAACUGUGGUUCCUUUAACUAUUGUUUACUCAUGCAAAAAUAGAAAGGAUAAGCAAAGCCCUGGAUUGCUUCAUGGACAUGGAGCUUUUGGUGAAAUACUUGAUAAACAGUGGCGCAGUGAAUUGAAAAGCCUUCUUGAUCGUGGUUGGAUUGUUGCUUAUGCUGAUGUAAGAGGUGGUGGUGGUGGUGGUGGCAAGAAGUGGCAUCAUGAUGGCAGAGGCACGAAGAAACAGAAUUCCAUUAGAGAUUAUAUCUCUUGUGCAAAGUACCUUGUUGAAAAAGAGAUUGUGCAAGAAAACAAGCUUGCUGCUUGGGGGUAUAGUGCAGGAGGACUGCUGGUUGCCUCAGCCAUCAAUUGCUCCCCAGAGUUAUUUCGUGCUGCAGUUUUGAAAGUUCCAUUUUUAGAUGCAACCAACACUCUUCUCUAUCCCAUUUUACCUCUCACUGCUGUUGAUUACGAAGAGUUUGGGUACCCUGGGGAUAUUGAUGACUUUCAUGCCAUAAGGAAAUUUUCUCCCUAUGACAAUAUUCAGAAGGAUGUUCUUUAUCCAUCUGUACUGGUCUCCUCAUCUUUCAAUACACGAUUUGGGGUAUGGGAAGCGGCAAAAUGGGUCGCUCGAGUCCGGGAACAAACUAUUUAUGACCCCAAACAUCCCAUACUACUUAAUUUAAUGACAGAUAUUGUGGAGGAAAACAGAUAUCUUCAGUGCAAAGAGUCAGCUUUGGAGACUGCAUUUCUCUUAAAGGCAAUGGAGUCAUAAGUUGGCUUUAACCAUACCACCCUAUGAGUCUGCCAGUGAUCUUUUGCAAUGCAUGGAAGCUAGAAAAGUUGGGGUACAUCUCUGAAGUGGCCAAAACUGAGAUAAUCCUGAUCAUCCUUUACUUACCUGCUCGUACCCAAUCCAGGGUUAGAUGAUGGGGCUUUGUCCAUGGUUUUAUUCUGAUUUGGUUGCUUUGGUGUUGUAUAGAUUUGGAAUCUGCUUUCUUUGGGGUUAUAAGUCGUGGCCUACUCAAGUGGUUCAUCGUGCUAAAGCAGCCAAUUGAAAAAGGACAGGGAGAACUUCAGAUGAUGCACGAGUCAGAAAUUCAAUUUUCUGGCCAUGUGUUGCUUUCACUCAUUGUGAUUAUUAUUUAUAAGUUUGUUAUCUGUAAAUGUCAUUGUACCUUAUCCCUUAUUUAAUAGUUAAUAAUGAAGUGCAAUUUUUGGUGGAGAGA